AUGGCUGAUCAAGAACUAAUCAUCGACGGCGGUCAUACCAAUGGCUCAGCACGCGUCUCGCCGAGUGUAGCUACAUCAUUCACCGCCCACAACGUUGGGCCCCUCCUUGGCUUCCAUGGCGAGCUUCACAGUGGCCUGUUCCACAGCACGGACCAUGCAUUGGUUACGGUUUCCGACGUCUUCAUGGAUAAUCUAUGGAGUCGCCGUGCCAACUCGAGCAAGCUCUCUCUCUCAACAGGUUCCGGCCAAGAAAGCCCGUCGGGACGCAACCCCUCCGUCAAGCGAUUUGGCGGUGAUAGCACGUCGCACGGAAAACACUCGCUCAGCUCGGUAACAACACCAGGCGGCAGUCUGGCGUCUCCGAUCGGGGCAGCGUCGAGCGCCUUUGCCCUCGGCUCGGGCGCAUUUGCCUCGUUCGGCUCGGCCAAGACUCCCAAGUCGCCGGGGAACCCGUUCGAGGCAACCUUGGGCGCCGCCGCAAAGACUCCGACCGCUGAGAAAUCGGCAAAGGACGGGGUUUUAGGCGGCAGGGCAAUUAGCAAGCCGGCCUCGCUCGCCUCGUUGGGGGAAGUGGGGAAGGCGGCGGCCCGGCCGGCAGGGCCGUUAACCCACCCGCUGCGUAACAACUGGGUGUUUUGGUUCCGCCCGCCCAUCUCCAAGGCGAACGGGUUUAUCGAGUACGAAAAGACGUUGCACCCCAUCGCCACGGUCGACUCGAUCGAGCAGUUCUUCGGCGUCUACCGGCACCUGAAACGGCCUUCAACGCUGCCGUUGGUCUCGGACUACCACCUGUUCAAGAAAGGCAUUCGGCCAAUAUGGGAGGACGAGGAGAAUAAGAACGGAGGGAAGUGGGUGGUGCGUCUGAGAAAAGGCGUUGCCGACCGAUAUUGGGAGGACCUGUUGUUUGCCAUUAUUGGCGAUCAGUUCGGCGAGGCCAGUGAGGAGGUGUGCGGGGUGGUGCUCAGCGUCCGGAAUGGCGAGGACAUCCUCAGCAUCUGGGCUCGUGCUAACGGACAGCGGGUCCUCAAGGUUCGUGAGACAAUGCGGCGAAUCUUGUCCUUCCCCCCGGACACCAAGCUCGAAUGGAAGAGCCACGACUCGAGCCUCCAGCAGCGCACAGCCAUCGAGGAGUCACGGCGAGAAAAAGCCAAUCACCACGGCGACAAGCGGUCGUCGAACAAGCAGCAUCAGCACCAGCAACAUUCACAGCAACAGGCCGAGGAGCACAAGAACUCCAUCAAUUCAUAA